GUCAUCUUCUCCGACUCCUCGACACCCCCGGAGUUCCGACGAGUCUCUUGACUUGUAGUUGCAGCCGCAGGUAGCUAGCUGCUUCCGAGCUCUUCCCUCUUUACCUGAACGCGAAGAAAAGUAGCUGGGAUCGCCUACGCAGCUACGCUUCGCUUCGAGUUACCCCCGGCUCGCCUCCGUCUCUCCAUCUGCUCAAGUCAGAUGCAUCCCGUCCUGCGGCUUCAGGUUAUUGCAAGAGGAGUAAAGUAGGAGCUAGGUUGGUCAAGGAGUAUAAGAACCCCUGCAAGAACUCAUCCCCCCCCUCCCCCUCGAAAGCUAGUGCCAUUUGGCAUUGGUUCUUGAUCUGUGGAGCUGCCUGCUAGUGCCCCAUUUUGGGAUUGCUUCGAUUGAGCGAAUCCCUAGCUUAAUUGCUGAAUCUCCCAGCAGUUACCCGCCUAUCCAUUAGUCAAUAUUGCAGCAGCAAAUUCUGAGGCUCCACUAAUGUGAUGUCAAUCGCAUGCUGCUUGCCAGUCGUCGAAUGCGUGUACUGCCUGGCGUGUGCGCGGUGGGCAUGGCAGCGCUGCCUCCACUCCGGAGACUAUGACAGCCAGACAUGGGGGCUUGCAUCGGCUGCAGAGUUUGAGCCUGUGCCGCGGUUGUGCCGAUUGAUUCUCUCAGUCUACGAGGAUGAUCUGGACCACCCACAAUGGGCACCUCCAGGGGGUUACGGCAUGGAGCCACGGUGGGUGGUGCACCGGAGGACAUAUGAGCACACUAGUGGUCAUGCUCCGACAUAUUUGCUGUAUGUCGACCACCGGCAUUCAGAUGUUGUGCUUGCCAUUCGGGGGAUGAACAUGGCCAAAGAAAGUGACUAUGCCUUACUGCUGGACAAUAGGCUCGGCCAGACGAGGUUUGACGGCGGCUAUGUGCACAAUGGCUUGCUCAAGGCUGCCGAGUGGGUCUUUGAUGCUGAGUGUGAUGUUAUGAGGGACCUUCUGGAGAUGAAUCCUGGUUAUACACUCACUUUUGCCGGGCAUUCUCUUGGUUCUGGUGUCGUGGCGAUGCUGGCUCUGGUUGCGGUGCACAGUAGGGAACGGCUGGGUGGUGUUGAGAGGAAGAGGAUACGGUGCUUUGCAAUGGCACCUGCCCGGUGCAUGUCGCUCAAUCUGGCAGUCCGUUAUGCGGAUGUCAUCAACGCUGUUAUUCUUCAGGAUGAUUUUUUGCCUCGCACGGACAUUCCUUUGGAAGACAUCUUCAAGUCGCUCUUUUGCUUGCCAUGCCUUUUAUGUGGAAAGUGCCUUAUAGACACCUGUAUACCUGAAAGUGUGAUGUUGAGAGAUCCAAGGCGCCUAUAUGUACCAGGCCGGCUGUACCACAUAGUUGAAAGGAAACCUUUCAGAUGUGGAAGAUAUCCCCCUGUUGUCAGAACAGCUGUUCCGGUGGAUGGCCGAUUCGACCACGUUGUUCUCUCUUGCAAUGCUAUAUCUGACCAUGCUAUUAUAUGGAUCGAAAGAGAAGGCCAAAGGGCACUGGAUUUGAUGCUGGAGAACGAGAGGACCACGAAAGCACCUGAAAUUCAAAGGAUGGGCGAUGAAAUCACCAUAACAAGGGAUCACAACGAGGAGCAGCAGGCAGCACUGAGGCGCGCGGUUGCGCUAGGGGUUGCUGAUGUCAACGCGCCAUCGACAUAUGGUACAUUCGAUGAAAAUCCAGCUCCUGAAGCUGAUGAGGCUUCCCCAGUGCUGCUGGACAGCGGUAGGCGCAGGGUGGUCUGGGACGAGUGGAUUGCAAGGAUAUUCGAGAAGGACGAGUCUGGGCAAAUGGUUCCGCGGAGAUGACCAUGGCAGCAGUUGAAGACAUGAUGCUACGAAAUUAGAACGAAAAAUCUUUACUGAUAAUUGGAGCUGGGCCGAUUCUUGAUAGUAGUUGAUCUUCCCACCUCUUCAAGUCUGUUUUGAAAUCUUGAAAUGGUGAAGGAACGGAAGUAGGAAAUAUUAAUGCAUAUCAAGUAUUUAGAGGUGAGUAGUAGUAUAUAUCAAUGAAUAAUUUUUGCCCUCUGGUUGCAAAAUUUCUCUAGCUAUUGAACUUA